AUGAACUUUAAUAAUUUCUUCAGGGUUCAACAAACCUUAUAGGUUUCAUCGUUUCAUACAUUUAAGUUAAAUUAAAGGGAACAAUCAUGAUCAAGAAAAUUACAGUGACAUUGGCUUGAAUCGCACCUUCCUUAAGAAAUGCUUUUUGAUGAACCAGACGUUUGUAGUGAAGCCAUUGAUUUGACCAAAAAUUCUUCUCCGAAAGAGCUUAAUGACUUUAUAAUUGAUGAGAACUGUUUGGAAGUUUCGUUAGUUGAAUCUGAAGAGUACAUUGUGACUGAAAGCAAGCCCAAAAAACAGAAACCUAUAGAUAACAAGUUCAAAUGCUCCUACUGUGAUUACAAAGCUGCUAAAUCAAGCAUAAUCAGAGUACAUGAAAUGACCCAUACAGGCGAACGGCCCUAUGCAUGUCCGCACUGUGACUAUAGGUCCUCAAGGAAGAACCAAAUAACGAUUCACAUCCGUGGACUACAUACUAAGGAGAAACCCUUCAAAUGUGCCAUUUGUGAUUUUUCUGCAUCAAGAAGAUCUUACUUGAAGAUUCAUCAGAUUACACAUGAAACAGAAAGACCCCUGAAGUGUGAUAUUUGUGGAAAAGGGUUCGGCCACAGAACUAGCCUUCUGAUACACAUGAAAACGCACACAGGAGAGCGACCAUACACAUGCUCGUUUUGUGACAGCAGUUUUAAGGAGAGGACUCAUUUGUUGAACCACCUUGUGAGGCACACAGGGGAACGACCUAUUUGUUGCCCGUAUUGUGAUUACCGGUGUUCACAGCGCUAUCGGCUUCGUUUGCAUUUGAAGACUCACCCAAAAGAACUCCCUUAUCACUGUGAACUAUGUGUGUUUACAUGUAAAACCUUGAACGACUUGAAAAGUCAUGAAUUGAGCCAUACAAAAUAACAAUGAAGGUUGUGUUAUCCUUAGGAUCUAUUCUCCAAAAUUUAAGAGUUUAAUGUUUUACAGAGUAGGCAUUUCAAGCGGAAUAAAUGUUCUUGUUAAUUGUGAGUAUAACUGUUGGGUAGUUUUAAGUUUAUAUUGAUUGGGUUACCAUAGACCACAAAAUGACGAUUUUAAAAUCUCGGCAGUUUUGUUAUUUUUAUGAGAAUGUGUAAGUAAGUUCUAGUCCAAUGAUCGUCUGUCUAUUAUUACUUAACUCAUCAAAGAAAAGAUAUGUAUAUUUUAUAAUGUCGGGUUAUAAUACCUUCUGUUUUAUUUAUUUUUACCGUUGGUAUAUUAUGUAGGGGUAUAGUGUCAUAGGUGACAAUUUUGUUACAUAAUAUAUCAGAUUUAGCAUUAAAAAAAGGUAUUGAGGAGAUACGUGUUAAAACGUUUGGUUUUUGUUAGAUUAAAGAAGAUUUAGAAAAAUCUAUCAAAAUGAGAGGGAAGUAUAAUAGUGGAAUACUACACCAGGUAUGGUAUAUAUGCUAGAGAUAAAUUGUGUACCUAACAUAUAUGUACAUAGUAUUACCACUGUUAUAUUACUUGAAUGAGUUUUAGUCAUUACAAGAUUCUCAAUUAUUUACGAAUGAUGACCAGUUUCAAUCUAGUCUAUUUUAGAUUUUAGUGAUUUUUAUAUUUUAAUUAUGUCAAACAAUAGAUUUCAGUUAUUUCAUUCAUCAUGGUUAGUUAGUUGUGUAGUUUCCGAGCCAAUACUUGUACUUGAAAUUGGAAUAGAUUUACAGUUCUAGUCAGUUUGUGUUACCAUUAAAACCAAACCUUUUAUUUAAUAUAUUUCUAAGAAAAGGUAGAUAAUCUUAAACCACAGCCAACCAAGUUGUAUACUGUAUUCAUCCAAACACAUAUGUGUAUAUUGUUACCGAUACAAUGUUUCCUAUUAAUCCGAGUAAAAAAUGUAUCUAUGGUCUGUAAUAUAGAAUUGUUUUAAUAUAUGAUCUCUUGCAUUCUUUUACAAAGAAUA